CGUCAUUCUCUUGCAUGUUCGGGGAGAAAUGGCUGCACAAGAGCCAUCACCACCAUCUUCACUGGAAGGCAACAAACCAGGAUUCCCUAAGAAAAUUUUGUCGAACAACCUCGAAGAAAAACACAUGUGCAAUUCUUGUUUGAAAAUAUUGAGAAGGCCUCUACAAGCCCAAUGUGGUCAUCGUUUUUGUUCAUUCUGUUUCAACAAAAUUGUUAGUUCUGGACCACAUAAAUGCAGUGCUUGCAUCAAAGAGGACUUGUUUGAGGACCCCACAUCUAUUCUUAAAGAAGGCGGUGCUUUUCCUGACAAUGCAGCGCGGAGAGAAGUGGAAGCAUUGGCAGCUGUUUGUCCAAAUGAAGGAUGCACUUGGACGGGCAAUAUCAAAGAAUAUGAGGUGAACCACGAGGGAAAGUGUGACUUCAUGAUCAUUCUCUGUCCCUCCUGUAAAGAACUCAUGAGAACCAAUGAGCUGGAGCGUCACAACGAACGAGAAUGUCCUGAGAGGACUUUAAACUGCAAAUACUGCAAAGAACCUUUCCAUUUCAAGAACAUCAAGGCUCAUGAUGAGAUCUGUCCAAAGUACCCUAUGAUUUGUGAAGGUUGCGCAAAGAAAAAGAUUCCCAGAGAAAAGUAUGUGGACCACAUCAAGUUCUGCAGUAAAUUCAGAGCACCUUGCAGAUUUCACGUCGUUGGCUGUGAUAUGUCUGUGGAAAAGGAGAAGACCCAUGACCAUGAGCGUGCAUGUUCCUACGAACACUUAAAUCUACUCUUGCAUUUCAUCAUGGGCAUCAAGGUGAGCCUGGAGAGCUUGCAGCCCCAGAGCCUGGAGCUCACAGGUCACAAGAUCCACGAGCUGCACCAGGCCUUGAGAGAGCUGGAGCUGAAGCUGGGACAGCUGACUCUGGGUGGGGGUGCCCCCGUGCAGGGAGCCUGUGCCCCUACCCUGGCCCUCCCUGCCCUGGCCACCUCCUUUACCCCCCUGCCCAGUGCGGUGGGCGCCGCCCUGGAGCUGCAGCUCCACAGUGAGAAGACCAAGGUGGCAGAGCUGAGCCGGCGGUGCCAGGAACUGGAGCUGAAAGUGGGCACCUUCGAGAACAUUGUCUGUGUCCUCAACCGAGAGAUGGAGCGCUCCUCCACCACCAUUGAGGCCUACAACCGCCAGCAUCGCCUGGACCAGGACAAGGUUGAGAUCCUCAAUAACAAGGUGCGUCAGCUGGAGAGAACUGUGGGCCUGAGAGACCUGUCCAUUGUGGAGAUGGAGGGGAAUAUUCGGGAAAUGUCUGCAGCUACGUUUGAUGGUAUCUUUGUCUGGAAAAUCUCAGAUUUCACAAAGAAAAGACAGGAUGCUGUUGCUGGCAGAGCCCCAGCUAUGUUCUCCCCAGCAUUUUUCACCAGCAAAUAUGGCUACAAGAUGUGCCUACGGAUUUAUCUGAAUGGGGACGGGACGGGACGGGCCAGUCACUUGUCUCUGUUCUUCGUGGUGAUGAGGGGACACAGUGACGCCCUCCUCAAGUGGCCCUUCAACCAGAAGGUGACCCUGAUGCUGCUGGAUCAGAAUAACCGAGAGCACAUCAUCGAUGCCUUCCGUCCCGACAUCUCCUCCUCCUCCUUCCAGAGGCCCGUCAGUGACAUGAACAUCGCCAGCGGCUGCCCACUCUUCUGCCCUCUUCCCAAACUGGACACCAAAAACUCCUACAUACGAGAUGAUACUAUAUUCAUCAAGGCUAUUGUUGACCUCACUGGCCUCUAGGUAAAAAGUGUGCCCACUACCCAGGCUCUCUCCCUUGGUUACUUAUGUAAUCCACUUGUAGGGGUUUGCCAUGCCAUCCAGGGACCUUGCUGUGCUGUUUUAUGUCUCAAAUGGCACCCUAUUCCCUAUGUCGUGCACUACUUUUGACCAGAGCAUUAUGGGCCCUUGUCCAACGUAGUACACUACAUGGGGAAUCGGGUGCCAUUUGGAACACGUCCGAGAUCUUCGGUUAGUAUGUGGUUUCUUGGCUGGUUGAAGAGUACACCAGUCACAGCACAGUGUUGUGCUAGCCAUCAUUUAGCUUGACGCCAUUGUUACCAAGUAACCAAUAUCACAAUCACAUUUUGCAAUGUAGUUCUUGUUAAAUUGAAAAUAGAAAGUGUUGUUCGAGAUUUCCCUUCAGUUAGUGGGAUAGCCAUUUGCUGUUAUUGUAUUGAUACUACUAUGCUACUGCUAACGCUUGCACCAUGGACCUCUGGCACUUUACAUUUACAUUUAAGUCAUUUAGCAGACGCAGCUUUGUAGGAUGAAAACAGAAACAGAGCAAUGGUCGUGUCAUUCUGCUAGCGCUAGGCGCUUGUGUAACUGCAUUUGAUGCUAGAUAUUUGGUAACCCACUCAUUUCGAGCAACUUUUGCAUAGACAGACGUGGAGUUCCAGCAACUACAAUUGAUGCCCAUUAUCUUACCUUUUUAAAUGGUCAGCUUGGCACAUACUUUGCAGUGCAUUUAAGAGUAGGAAUUUGAAGUCAUCUGACAUUUGUGUCAAGCGUUGUGUGCCUCUAAUCUCAAGUCCUGUGUUUGUAGUGGUGGCAAUUUCUUGAAUUCCAUGAAUUCCAGGUGCAGUAUUUGGAUUUUGAAUCAAUGUUGUCUGCGCACCUUUUCUUUUCUCUUUUUGAGCUGAGUUGCUAUAUUCGUUUGCAUGUUGGAUCUGUGGAAGAUACACUGUAGUUUGCAACAGGGUAGUUCACUAAACCUGAAUCGCAGCGACCGAGAAGUUGUCAACAGCCUGGUGUUAUAGCUUGACGCGAGAAUGACUUUUAUUGUGAAGAGAUCAAGGAUUGUUUACAAAUCACUAAACAGGGUCUUAGAAAUCUAAUGAUAUUCAAGGGUAAAUGUUUAUUUGUAUUAGUGUUUUCUUCACAGCUUUGAGCUGUUCAUUGAUUCCAGAUCAAAUCUGUGACCUAGCUUUUACUAUAAGAAGUGCCUGCAUCCGUCAUAAGUUCAUUCUGAUCAAUGAGCCAUUGAACUGUUGAUGUGCUCUCCUGUGAAAUUGAUGGAUCCAAAAACGUUUAAUUUGUGUGAAAAAGAGCACUUCUCUAUCCUUAUAAAAACCCUUUUACUGUGGUGUAUUUUGGUAUGUUCAUAUGUCCGGUGAAAUAAUUGUUUGAUUUUACUACACCACACAGGCCUAAAUAUUGCACACUGAUGAAUUAAUGUCAUUAUACCUGGGAGAUGGUGUAUUUGGGAUCCUUCAGUUGAAUAGGGGAGUCUUAGAUAACUAACAAUUGGCUUUACAUCUAAACGCAAAUGAACCCAGGAUGUUUUCAAGCCAGUCUCGACACAUUGAAACCUCUCUGUGCAUGAGGUGUUUCAAUAAAGAUACACAUAAUAUUAAGUAUUGGUUUACUUUAAAGACCAACAUUUUAUUUGUAAUUAUUCUUAAUAUAUGAUGAGUGUUCUAUUGCUAAUUUACGUCACAUACGCAAAUCGGCAAAUGCUGUUAUAUUACAGGUUUUGCUAUUGAUGUAUGCAGAGAGUGAAAUAUAGUUACAUAUACUCUCCUCUGUAUUUUUCUGCACAAUGAAGAAAAAAAUUGUAAAUGUCACUCUAUAUGCCAGCAUUUUGGAUUCGAGAUCAAAUGUUUCCUAUGAGACGACAGUACAGAAUGUCACCUUUUUAUUUGAAGGUAUAUUCAUCCCUAUCUGUUUUACCAUUUAGAAAUGAAAGAACUUUAUGUAUCUAGUCUCCAUUCAGUUCCUAUUGGGCAAAACAUAAUUUGAAACGCAACAAAAACAAACUGUAAAUGCAUCCAACAAGAUUGUAGAGUCACAAGCUUGAUGUCGUCAUUUCGUGCAAGGAAUAUGGGACCAAAUGUAAAACUUUUGACUACUUUAAUACACUAUAUGUGGAUUUGUCCAAAUACUUAGGAAUUAAUAGGGGGACUAAAUACAUAAGGUACUUUCAUUUCUAAACAGUAAAACAGAUAUGUAUAAAAAGUACCCCCCCAAAAAGUGACAUUCUAUGGUGUCCCCUCGUGAAACAUUUGAUCUCAAAUCCAAAAUGCUGGGGUAUAGGGCAACAUUUGCACAUUUUUGCUUCACUGUCCAAAUAAAUACGGAGGGGAGUUUAUCUAUAGAAUAUAUAUAUAUAUGUGAGAGAUUUUAUUUAUUGAUAACAUAUUAUACUGUAUGUUGAGAUGGUUUAAAAGCAUGUCUGGGCUCAUUUGAAUUGAUGUAGGCAAAUCAGGAAUAUAAAUAUCAGUGGGAACCUUUCUUGAUUUCCUCAACAUUAUGAGGGUGAAGACAUGUUCAAUUGCAGUUUACACGCCUUCAGUAAUCAGUCUGAGAAAUUGUCUGUGGUAUUGUUUGUACAUGCAUAAAUAAUAUACUAUUUACUUUAUCUAGCCAGUAGACAUGGUUGUCAUCUCCUAUUAUGCAGACUGCAUUUAGCAUGUACAGUUGUGUUAAUUAUAACAUAUACAUGCUGCUAGAAUAUAUACAAUUAUACUCAUACUAGUCUACGCUGAAGCAUAUUACAUCCAUAUCUUUGCAUUUAUGUGCCAACUAUUGCUAAUUGAUAUGGUAUCUAUUUUUGUAUGUCUUGCAAAAGUAACUUUGUGUUGUAACAUUAAUUUGAUCGUCUUAAGGCUGUGGUUAAUAACGUUUUCAGUUCUCUCCCCCUCCAUAGACUUUCAGCAGUGCCAUCUGAUGAUCAUACUGAUCUGCACAUGAUCUGAGGUAAUUACCUUAGAAAUACAAUCACUAGAACAGGCCUGCAGGAACCUCAGACCAUGGCAUGUUCGCUGGUAAAUUCAUGGGUACACUCCAAAUGGCAAACCUUGUAUUCUAUUUCUACGGGGACAAUACUCACCACUCCUUUUUUUCUGUCCAUCCAAAUGUGUUGAAUGCUCUGUUGCUCGUUUCAUCUUGAUCAAUUUGUUGCUUUAGCAAGUUUUUGCAUGAGUUCUUGCCUGUUAAGGGAAAACAUCAAACGUACUGUAUCGUCAUAGGAAAUACCCUCUAUGGUUACAUUGCAAAACGUUGUUCGUUAGAUGCUGUUAUUCUUUAGUCAUAUAUAAAAACGUGUUUCUCUACCUGGA